AGGAAAAAUCUAAAGCUUUUCUUCUUGCUAAUCUUCUCUUUCAACUUACAAGUUAGCUUCUUUGUGCUACCAUCAAAGCCUUCGAAUUUCCCUCUCUUCUGGAUCCUGAUUCCUGAUAGUAUCUGGGUCUGCUGAGUUCAGUUGCUGAUUCUGGAGGAGGAGGAUGGAUUGGUGACAAGAGAGGACGGAGAGGAGAAGAGGGUUUCUGACUGUAUGCAUCUGGGCAAUCUUCUCUGAUUCCGGUUGUGGGGUUUCCCUCUUUAAUGGACUGGGUGCAUUUGGAUUGAGAACAGUCGGGUUCAGCAGGAGUUUUAUAAUUUAUUUGGAAUAAGGAGACAUGAUCAAACAGAUACUUGGUAGGCUCCCAAAGAAGCCAUCUAAGUCUUCUGAUAAUCGUGAAUUUGGGGGUUCAUCUGCCACUUCUUUGAGUAAUUCUGCUAGUUCGAGAAGCAGUGAUCUUUUGAGUCAUAGGUUGGUAACCUCAGACAAUAUUGCACUUCCUGGCCCUAAUUCUACUUCAAAUUCUGGAUAUGGCAUUGGAGGUAAACUUUCUCAGGCUGGAAAUCAACUAAAUGGGAGUUCAGUGGCUACUCCAUAUGAAGCAUUGCCAGGAUUUAGGGAUGUUCCAAGCUCAGAGAAGCAGAACCUGUUUGUUAGGAAGCUAAGCUUGUGUUGUGUUGUGUUUGACUUCACUGACCCAACAAAGAACUUGAAAGAGAAGGACAUCAAGCGGCAGACAUUGCUUGAGCUUGUGGAUUAUGUUACUACUGUUAAUGGCAAAUUCACAGAGACUGUAAUGCAAGAAGCUAUAAAGAUGGUCUCUGUGAACUUGUUCAGGUCACUCACUCCACAACCUCGAGAGAACAAGGUUUUGGAAGCCUUUGAUUUGGAAGAAGAAGAGCCUUUGAUGGAUCCUGCAUGGCCUCAUUUGCAAAUUGUAUAUGAAUUCCUUCUGAGGUUCAUUGUAUCUUCUGAAACAGAUGCCAAGUUGGCUAAGAGGUAUAUAGAUCAUUCUUUUGUCCUCAAGUUGUUAGAUCUCUUUGAUUCUGAGGAUCCUAGGGAAAGAGAGUAUCUUAAAACAAUUCUGCAUCGCAUUUAUGGCAAGUUUAUGGUGCAUCGGCCAUUUAUCAGGAAGGCUAUCAAUAACAUUUUCUUUCGUUUUAUUUUUGAAACGGAGAAGCAUAAUGGGAUUGCUGAGCUUUUAGAGGUUUUGGGAAGCAUAAUCAAUGGCUUUGCGUUGCCUCUGAAGGAAGAGCAUAAAUUAUUCCUUGUUCGGGCACUAAUCCCCCUUCAUAAACCAAAAUGCUUACCGAUGUACCAUCAGCAGUUAUCAUAUUGCAUUACACAAUUUGUUGAGAAAGAUUGCAAGCUUGCUGAUGCAGUUAUUAGGGGAUUGUUGAAGUAUUGGCCAAUUACUAACAGUUCAAAGGAAGUCUUGUUCCUCAGUGAGCUGGAAGAGAUUUUGGAAGCAACUCAAUCUCCAGAAUUUCAAAGAUGUAUGGUUCCCUUGUUCCGCCAAAUUGCUCGCUGCUUAAGCAGUUUUCAUUUUCAGGUUGCAGAGAGGGCUUUGUACUUGUGGAAUAAUGAUCAUAUUGAGAACUUAAUCAGACAAAACCGCAGAGUAAUACUGCCCUUAAUCUUCCCUGCCUUGGAGAAAAAUGGGCGUAAUCACUGGAAUCAGGUGGUCCAGAGCUUGACAGUUAAUGUGCGGAAGAUUUUUUCUGAUGUUGAUCCUGAACUAGUUGAGGAGUGCCUGCACAAGUUUCAAGAAGAUGAAGCAAAACGGGAAGAGAUAAAAACAAAACAUGAAGCCACCUGGAAGCGCUUAGAAGAGAUUGCUUCAUCAAAAGCUGCAAGUGGUCAAGCUGUUCUUGUACCUCGCAUGAUACCCUCCCAAACAUCUCCAGCAUUAUGAUGGAAGGAUUUGAUUUUCUCAUCAAAUGGUUUAGAUCGUUUGGUUGGUGCCAGAGUCACAAGAUGGUUGAUGUGCUUUGAGAUGUUGAAUACUAGUGGGUUGCUGUCUAUUGCACCUGGAGCUUGAUUUCGGUCAUAAACACCUGGUGUCCCACAUUCUGGUAUCCAUACAACAAAUAGAAGUUGGCAGCUGCAUUCUGCCUUAGGAUGGAAGAGUUGUAACUAGUAAUUUUGGCCUUCUAAUAGUUUCUUGUUUUAGGGAAUUAUUACAUGAAGGAUCUACAAAUCACAGGUAUUUUACGCACUCUGAGUCUUUGAUUUCAUUUCUUUGUGUACUUAUUCAUCUUUCUCAUCGUAUUUGUCAUGUCCAUGUAUCAUAUAUUUUCCUUCCUGUUCUUAGAAAUCAAACAUUUUGUUGGUGUGUGUUGUUAGUAUGAAUAUUGAUGGAUUCGAAUGUGGCUUUAAUCGGAAUGAACUUUUGUUAUAUCC